AUGACUCCAAAAAACUUCAAAUACAGCCAUAAGACAACUCCUAGAGCAGCAGAACCUACAAAAAGACAAGUGAGACUAAUUUACAAUCAAAGAGAGCUUAGAAGUUCUGCAGGGGGCACUUAUGUGCUGGGUUGGGAGUGGAGUCCAACCCCACAGUUGUGCCUACACAGUUCUAGCCCCAGACAGCCUGCACCAGAGAAAUUUACCCCUGAGCCUCCAAAUAAGAUGCAGUGCUGGAAUCUUCUGGAACUAAGUUCAUGGUCUGGUGAGAGAGCUGAGUGGGCUGACCAGGGUUGGAGAGACUAUGGGGUGUCUAUGGGAGCUGAGAAGGAAUUCAGUUGUCCUACCCCUGCUGGGAACCAGGAAGAAAACUUGACUAGUAGCUGCACAGGUGGAGGAGAGCCAAGAGUUUUAGAAGCAGUUGCUGCUGCCCCUGAUUCAGUGAUUCACAAGGCCUGCUCCUGGUUUGCUGGGGCUGGGUCUGCACUGUUGCAGCCUGUGCUGGUGCAGCUGGCACUGGACUGCACUUCCUUCUUACCCUGGGCAGGGGGCGAACGGCGAGCAGCAGCGGCGACCCGGAGAAGUGCAGCGGAGGUUUCCUGGUUUCGGACCCCCAGCGGCCGGAGGGUGAAAUCCUCCCUGUAGCGGAUCCUCAACAGCCACUGCUUCGCCCGAGAGAAAGAGGGGGAUAAACCCAGCACCACUGUCCACGUCAGCCGUGCCAUGCCAGUCCUCAGCCUCCACAGCAGCGGCAGCCGCAGCAGCGAGAGUUCCAGGGUCGCUUUCAAUUGCUGUAGUAACCUGGGUCCAGGGCCACAGUGGUGCUCCGAUGUCCCUCACCCACCCCUGAAGAUCCCAGGUGGGCGAGGGAAUAGUCAGAGGGAUCACAAUCUUUCAGCUAAUUUAUUUUAUUCUAAUAAUCGGCCGACUGUAACAGAGGAACUAACGUCUAAUAACAGGACAAGAAUUCUAAAUGUCCAGUCCAGGCUAACAGAUGCCAAACACGUUAAUUGGAGAGCAGUGCUGAACAACAACAGCCUCUACAUUGAAAUUCCAGGUGGUGCUCUAUCUGAAGGGAGCAAAGAUAGUUUUGCAGUUCUUCUUGAGUUUGCAGAAGAACAGCUUCACAUUGAUCACGUCUUUAUCUGCUUCCAUAAGAAUAGAGAUGAUAGAGCUGCACUGCUCCGUACUUUCAGCUUUUUGGGCUUUGAGAUUGUGAGACCAGGGCAUCCCCUUGUCCCCAAGAGACCAGAUGCUUGCUUAAUGGCCUACACAUUUGAGAGAGACUCUUCGGAAGAAGACUAGAUUGCAAUGUUUUGCAUCUUUAGAGUUUUCUUGUUGUCCAUAAAGAUGA